CGCGCUAGUGAUUCAUCGAAAAGGAUGGUUGCCACAUUAUCAGGUUGAAUCCCAGCUUUCCAAGUCGACAUGGGGACCCUCCUGAUCUUCUUCUCAAGUAAGACAACAGAAAGUAAGAUUCACCAACAAUUUUCGAUCCCUUUAAAUAUAGUGGGAGAGCCAGAGAUUGAUACACUAGUCAUUAAGAAAACAUCUCCUCCCUGCUUCUUGCUAGUUAAGAACAUCCUGGUUGAGUGGCUGUAGAGAUCAAGCCACUCCUAGCAAGAGAAUUUGUAUACCUGAAUUUUCUUUAUCAUUAAUCAAAGAUGGAAGCUUUACUACAGAGACAUGUUAUUGGAUUUCCAAUUGGAUCAUCAGUUCAGAGACUCUUACCUGAUCUUGCUGGCCACUACAACAUUCCAUCUCCAGACAGUAAAUACCCAACAUUAAAACAAUGUAGUAAAGAUUCAAUGCUUAGCAGGGUGAACAAGCUUGGUAAAAGAGCUGACAGCUUUGCUCAUGGAGUCCGGGAGCAUGUGAAACUAGGAUCCAAGAUCACAGAAACUGUCAAAGGAAAGUUGAGCUUAGGAGCUAGAAUUCUUCAAGUAGGUGGAUUAAGAAAAAUCUACAAGCAAUUGUUUAAUGUUGGAGAUGGCGAGAAACUAUUGAAGGCUGUCCACUGCUAUUUGUCAACCACAGCUGGACCUAUUGCAGGUCUGCUCUUCAUAUCCACAGCUAAGAUCGCCUUCUGCAGCGACAGAUCGAUCAAAGUUUCUUCCCCCACCGGAGAGCUAAUUCGAUUCCAUUACAAGGUAUUGAUUCCAGUAGGAAAAAUAGAGAGAAUCAAUCAAAGUGAGAAUGUGAUGAAGCCUUCACAGAAGUACAUGGAAAUAGUUACGGUGGAUAAUUUUGACUUCUGGUUUAUGGGGUUCUUGAAAUAUCGCAAAACUCUUCAAUAUCUUCAAGAUGUGAUCUAUCAAGAAUGCAAGAGAUGCUAGAUGCUUGGAGGAAGAUAAUGCAGCAGAAAUGUUCUUUGGUUUUGAUCACAAUACAAUCAACUCAAUUGUACAAAUUCUCUUGUGAUUGACAAGUUAUGUUCUCCACUUCUUCA